UUAACUCCAGCUCAAGUCUCCGUGAAGCGCAGAGCACUGAUGACGUUGGGACGAAUGACCAAUCGGGAGGCGCUGCCCUUUGGAGACAAACCAUUUUACUUGUAGUGUCUACAUCAAGUCUGGAAGCAGAGGCUCAAUUUUAACAGAAUCCACCUUAAAAUCUCUACCUUAACUUAUGCCUACCUUCCGCCACUUUGAGUGAGAAUAUCACAGGACAAGAGAGGGGGGGGGGGAUAAAGACGCCUGUAGGAAAAAAAAAAAGCGGGUGUUAAUAGGACAAUAUCUGCUCGCGGUGGAGAGGGGAAGAGAGACAACAGCGCAGCGCGAGAGAGAGAAAAACCGAUUUGGUCUUGAGAGAGAGGGGGGUGAGUGCUCUCAAGGCAGAAAAUUCGAUGAUGACCAUGACUACGAUGGCUGACGGUCUGGAGGCUCAGGACUCAUCCAAGUCUGCUUUCAUGGAGUUUGGACAGCAGUCGCACUCACAGCAGAGCUCCCCGUCGAUGGCCGGCGGCCACUAUCCGCUGCACUGUCUCCACUCCGGCUCACAUGCCCACCACCAACACGACAACACUCCGUACCCCGGGAGCAACACCUACAACAGGUCGCUGCCCUACCCUUACGUGAGCCACCCGCACCACAGCCCCUACCUGCCGUCCUACCACAACAACACGGGAGGACAGACCAGGUUAGACGGCCCAGAGCAGCAGAAGACGACAGUGAUCGAAAACGGGGAGAUUCGUUUUAACGGAAAGGGCAAGAAAAUUCGCAAGCCUCGGACAAUUUACUCCAGCUUGCAGCUCCAAGCACUGAACCACCGUUUCCAGCAGACACAGUACCUCGCUUUACCGGAGCGCGCCGAGCUGGCAGCCUCUCUGGGACUGACACAAACACAGGUAAAGAUCUGGUUCCAGAAUAAGAGGUCAAAGUUCAAGAAGCUGCUAAAACAAGGCAGCAACCCGCACGAGAGCGACCCCAUCCCGGGCUCCAUGUCCCUGUCCCCGCGCUCUCCCACCAUCCCCCCCAUCUGGGACGUGUCGGCCUCUUCCAAAGGAGUAAACAUGCCGGCCAACAGCUACAUGCCCGGCUACUCUCACUGGUACUCGUCCCCACAUCAAGACUCCAUGCAGAGAUAGACUGGCGAGGAGGGGGGGGGGGCCUCCGGAUCACCCACCAACGUAGCCUACAUUUUUUUGUGUCAGCGCGGAUGAGACCGGAUGCUGAGGGAGGAGAGAGGGCUCUGCCUGCCCCUCUGCUCCGGGCCGGGAGGAUAACGCACCGGGGCCAAACCCCGGUGCGGUGACACAAACAAAGGGGACUAACCAUAUUUUUUAGCAUCCAUGGCUGUUCAGUGGGCUCACAUUUGUUAUGCUGUCAUUCAUGUCAACGUCUGAACUUCAAUAUACCAAAUAUUAUCAGUGACUUUUUUUUUCUUUUGUUUUUUGGCUCCAUUGGAGCAAAAGACUGCUUCUACUCUCCAUUAGCUGUGGCGCCCAGAUUCCUUUUUUUUUUCAAUUUUUUUUAUUUUUAUCCUGCCAUGGUGGACUCCUGACUGCUUUGAAUUUUUCUUUGGUUUUGUUUCUCCAACAUGCAAGCAAAUUGUCUGUCUGUAAAUAUGACCUGCGAUUUUAGUUGUACAUACACUUUUUAUGUUUUGUCAGAUUGAGUAAACCGU